AAUCUGGCAAGCGUUAGUCAUCUUCAACUCGGCAGGAACCCACAAGUGUGCGUGUGUGGCUCGGAGGCUUCAGCUGGGGCCCCGCCCUCGUCCCCAGGCGCACACUGACACACGCAGCCCAGACCCGGCCCGAGCGCGCUCCUGGCCUCGGCGUGGCUUCUCUCCAGCCGGGAGUCCCAGGGCCAGCUAGCCUCCUCCCCUAAAGGGGACGGCCUGUCAGCGCAGUGCCAGAGUCCAGCACCGGGAGGAAAGUUUCGGAGUGCGGAGGGAGUUGGGGCGGCCGGAGGAGAAGGGUCUCCACUCCUAGUUUGUUCUGCCGUCGCCGCGUCCCAGGGACCCCUUGUCCCGAAGCGCACGGCAGCGGGGGGAACUUCAGCCCUCCAGGCGGGGUGGGUUCCAGGUCCGGGUCCCAGGCGGGCGCUGGAGGCUCGGCCCCAGGCCGGAGAGGAACUCCUUUCGCGAGCUGUCGCCGUGGGCCCGCAUUGUCUGCAGGAACUCUCCGGAAUCGGGAGGGGGAGGACUGGAUCGCGCUUCCACUGGGAUUCGUCAAGAGUUCCGGCGGCAGCUGCGGCGGUGGCGGAGACUCCCUUUGUCCUCUCAGGACCUCCCUCUCUCCCUCCCUCUGUCAGCUGGUGGGUCCCGCUGCCGCAGGCGCCGGCGCCUCAGCUGCUCGCCGCCCCCCACCCCAGAGUGCGUGCCGGGUGACUCCCGCCACCUUUGCGACCCUCCUGAGCUUAGGGGACUGCGAGCGGGAGGGAGUCGCAGGCCCCCGGCCGCAGGAUGGUGGCGGAGCGGUCCCCGGCCCGCAGCCCCGGGAGCUGGCUGUUCCCGGGGCUGUGGCUGUUGGUGCUCAGCGGUCCCGGGGGGCUGCUGCGCGCCCAGGAGCAGCCCUCCUGCAGAAGAGCCUUUGAUCUCUACUUCGUCCUGGACAAGUCUGGGAGUGUGGCAAAUAACUGGAUUGAAAUUUAUAAUUUCGUACAGCAACUUGCGGAGAGAUUUGUGAGCCCUGAAAUGAGAUUAUCUUUCAUUGUGUUUUCUUCUCAAGCAAGUAUUAUUUUGCCAUUAACUGGAGACAGAGGCAAAAUCAGUAAAGGCUUGGAGGAUUUAAAACGUGUUAGUCCAGUAGGAGAGACAUAUAUCCAUGAAGGACUAAAGCUAGCGAAUGAACAAAUUCAGAAAGCAGGAGGCUUGAAAACCUCCAGUAUCAUAAUUGCUCUGACAGAUGGCAAGUUGGACGGUCUGGUGCCAUCAUAUGCAGAGAAAGAGGCAAAGAUAUCCAGGUCACUUGGGGCUAGUGUUUAUUGUGUUGGUGUCCUUGAUUUUGAACAAGCACAGCUUGAAAGAAUUGCUGAUUCCAAGGAGCAAGUUUUCCCUGUCAAAGGUGGAUUUCAGGCUCUUAAAGGAAUAAUUAAUUCUAUACUAGCUCAGUCAUGUACUGAAAUCCUAGAAUUGCAGCCCUCAAGUGUCUGUGUGGGGGAGGAAUUUCAGAUUGUCUUAAGUGGAAGAGGAUUCAUGCUGGGCAGUCGGAAUGGCAGUGUUCUCUGCACUUACACUGUAAAUGAAACAUAUACAACGAGUGUAAAACCAGUAAGUGUACAGCUUAAUUCUAUGUUUUGUCCUGCACCUAUCCUGAAUAAAGCUGGAGAAACUCUUGAUGUUUCAGUGAGCUUUAAUGGAGGAAAAUCUGUCAUUUCAGGCUCAUUAAUUGUCACAGCCACAGAAUGUUCUAAUGGGAUCGCAGCCAUCAUUGUUAUUUUGGUGUUACUGCUACUCCUGGGGAUCGGUUUGAUGUGGUGGUUUUGGCCCCUUUGCUGCAAAGUGGUUAUCAAGGAUCCUCCACCACCACCACCCCCUGCACCAAAAGAGGAGGAAGAAGAACCUUUGCCUACUAAAAAGUGGCCAACUGUGGAUGCUUCCUAUUAUGGUGGUCGAGGGGUUGGAGGAAUUAAAAGAAUGGAGGUUCGUUGGGGUGAUAAAGGAUCUACUGAGGAAGGUGCAAGGCUAGAGAAAGCCAAAAAUGCUGUGGUGAAGAUUCCUGAAGAAACAGAGGAACCCAUCAGGCCUAGACCACCUCGACCCAAACCCACACACCAGCCUCCUCAGACAAAAUGGUACACCCCAAUUAAGGGUCGUCUUGAUGCUCUCUGGGCUUUGUUGAGGCGGCAGUAUGACCGGGUUUCUUUGAUGCGACCUCAGGAAGGAGAUGAGGGCCGGUGCAUAAACUUCUCCCGAGUUCCAUCUCAGUAAAAGGGAAGCAGGAAGACCAAGAAGGUACGAAGAUGGCACAUUUUCACAUAGCUUGAUUUUCAACCAAAUGAAAAAAAUCAAGUGCAUUUCAGAAGCUUUUGGAAGAGCAGCUUAAUUCCUCUCAGUCAGGAAAUGUUUUCUCUGCCUUCUGCUGUGCUUGCACCAAACAUUUCUAAACACUUGUUCUGCCAUCUACAUGGGAGGUGAUGAAACUCAGUGGUAACUCAUGAUUUAUGACAUUGAAAAUAAAGAGGAACAUUGACCUGCAGACUAUGGUUUGUACAAGAAAGUUUGUUUGAAUGUGUAGAAGAGGAAAAAGCAACAACAGCAACAACACGAAGAUGAUACCAAAACAAGGACCGCAAAACAACUAGCCAUGAUGGGAGACAGGAGUUUUUUACAUGGAAACAUGGCACUUGUGUUUUUAUGUGGCAAGAUCUUUAUCCAUAGGCAGAGUAUGAAAUUUCCCACCAGGCUAAGCAAAUAAAGAAGUCCAUUGCCUUAUAGCUAUGUCAGAUCACAGAAUCCUUCCAAGUGCCCUAUCACAGUGUGCCUUAUGGGAAGUUUCUGACUGGAAAAUCUUGUCAUUCUAACACUGAAAAGUGCACACGCAUGACAAAAUGUAGACAAGAUGCCUCAAGGUAUUGGUAGCAAGCAAGAUUUUGCCCUUUAGUUUUCGAAGACACCUUUCUUUCAUUAUGCACUCGGGACAAGAAAAUUAAUAGAGCGUUAUUCCACAGAAGGCCUCUAGCCAGAGAUCUUGAGUGUAAUGCAAGGGACUCAUGCUUUGCGAACUUGUCCCUGUGACUAGUAGAUUCCCCCUUUUCCUGUGUUUAGGAUUUAGUAGUGCAUAAAGCAUUAAUAUCCAUAAACAUACCUAGAAGUUUGUUUUGCUUUUAAUUUAAAGGAAGCAGUAACCACAAAGCUUCCGCUCAGGGUUUUUUCUUUCUUCAAGUCUCCAAGGGCUCUUCAGCGUCACAAGCCAGCAACUCUCUUUGCAUUAAAAUUUCAAAGUUUAAUUAAUAUAAUUAAAAGCAACAGCAAGCAGCAGCCUGUGAAGAUUUUGCUCAUCUUUUUUAUGCCUUUUGACAUUGAAUGACCUAUUACUGUAUGUGCAUUACUUGGAUUUUGAGGGGCACUCUACCUUGGUUAUGAUUCAGUAGAGGAAAAAGACCACCUUUCUUCAAUUUACAAAUUAAAUCUUCAGGAGGGUCGCCAUCACAAAACAUUGACGAUGUAUGUAUUAUAAUUUUUUAGAAAAACCACCAUCGUGUCACGUCGAUGAUGCCAAAUUAUGUUAGCGUGAGCAGAAACACCGUGGGGGAGGAAGGCAGCAGCUGAAGAAAAAAGCUCAAAUGAUCUAGUCACUUUCGAUACUGUACUUCAGAUGCGAAAUGGAUAUUCGAGUGGAAACCUGACAAAGUGCGCCUGCUUUGAUGUGAACUGGUAUAGACAAUGACCAGUGGCUGGGUCAGUGGGAUGUCUCUCUGCGAGCACAAAGGCUUAUCAAAUGACACUAAAAAUAAGUUCAACAACCAUCACAUUGGAAGGGAGAAGGCGAACAUUUCAUGUUUGGCGGGCAUGUGAGUGCACAAGAUGGAAAGAGCGAUUGGAGCAUCCUGGUAUAAUUACCCCCAUUGUGCUCUUAAUGGAAAUUUCAAAGGACGGGAGUAUUCUGUUGGUUGGUGUCCAGGUUUGUGGCACUGUUCCAAGAGGCCUUACACACACACACAAAUAUGUAAUUUUCUAUACAUAUAUAUCCUCUAGCUUGAAACUUUUGCUCAAGUUUAUUUAUGUCACUGGCUGGCUGGAUCCAAAGUCAUGUGUCCACACAUUCAUAAAUAAAAAUUUUACCUAUG